CACGAAGUCUCCAACUCAAUGGCAAGAUGGCGACGACCCAGAGAAUAGCCGCGGAGGCACUUCCGGCCCCGCCCCCUCUCCGUGUCUCACUUCCAGCCCCGCCCCGCGUGCACGAUGGCACGGUACGCCGUUGCUAUGGCAUCGUCCUGGGCGCCCUGCUUAGAGUUUCGAGGGAUCCCUGGAGCCGCAGGCGCUCCGGAGGAAGUUCUGUGAGCUUGCCAGACACAGAGCUGAGGCUGCGACGCCGGAGACAGGGAUGGGAGGGCCGCUUGCGGCCAGCCCUGAACCAGGAAGCCAGGAGCCAGAAAGCCAGGCACCUGUAUGAGUCCCGGACCUCACAACCUAGUCCAAAAGCUGGACAUAGUCGGUCACUCCAGCUUCAUGGGCAAACAUCUGUGAGAGGAGCUGUGGGGAUGGCACACCUGCUAGGCAGCCAGGCUUGUAUGGACAGCCUGCGCAAGGACCUCACCGACCUGCAAGGCACCAUUGUGGAUGUGUUCUCCCGUGCCGGGCCUGUGCGCUUCCCCUCCUGGAAGUUCCCUGACCGUGUGGCCUGUGACCUUGACAUGGUGGCCCUUCUGGAGCACUAUGACCAUGUGCCAGGUGACCCUGAGUUCACACAGUUGUCCCAUGCCGUGCUGCUGGAGCUGGUCAUUGACAGGCUCCUGCUGCUACUUCAGAGUUGUGCCAGCUACAUGGAAAACCUCAGUUUGGAGCAGAUGAUGCCUCCUGCCCGGGUUGCAGGGCCAUGCAUGUCCGUGGGGCUUACAGUAAGGCGCUUCUGGAGCAACCUGCUUAGGCUGGGCAUGCACUACCAGCAGGCAGUCCCCCAGAAAAGAACAAACCAAGGGGAGAUUUCUAUCACCAAGCCCACAGCUAAGGGUGAACCAGCCAGGAGCCCUGAAUGUAUGACUGCCAAGUUCAUCAAGCCCCCCUCCCCCGUGCCAGGUUUGCCUUUGAUCUGCCAAGGGCUGCAGAGCCUCCCUGUCAGAGUCUCCCUGCGGAGCCCAGGUGGGACCUCUGAGAAAACUAAGAGCGUCUACUCCCAGACCGUCGAGACAGCCUUGGUACCCUGUGAUGCUUGCACCAGUGUCCAGGGCAGCCUAUGGGAGGUGGGCAAGGUGAUUAUCAACCUAUGUCAGAGCCAAAACUUGCCUUCAUCCUUGGGCCAGUUCCAGAAAUUGGUGCAGGACAGCCUGGGGCUUAAACCACUGCCUGCUGCCACCGUGGGCCACUGGGCAGCAGAGCAGAGCAAAGACCUGACUCGUCUCAACAAACACGUGGGAGCCCUCACCCAGCUUGUUGGGCCCCUUAGGGCCCAGCUGGAAGAGGCUGAGGGGCAGAAGGAUGGACUGAGGAAGCAGGUGAGCAAACUGGAACAGACCCUGCAGCAGGAGAAAGGGGAGCGGCAGCGGCAGACAGAAGAGGCUAAGCGGACCCUGGCCCAGUUCGAGCAUGACAGGCACCAGCUGCUCACAGAAACAUGUGACCUAAAGACAAAGGUGGCCAUUCUGGAGGAAGACCUGAAACAGCAGCAGAAGUCCAUGCAGGCCAUGGAGGCAAAGGCCCAUCAGCUGGAGGAGGAAGGUGAGCGUAGGGCGGCAGCUGAGAGGCAGGUGCAGCAGCUGGAGGAGCAGGUGCAGCUGCUGGCAGGGCGGCUGGAUGGGGCUAGCCAGCAGAUCCGCUGGGCCAGCACAGAGCUGGACAAGGAGAAGGCGCGCGUCGACAGCAUGGUCCGUCAUCAGGAGUCCCUGCAGGCCAAGCAGAGGACUUUGCUGCAGCAGCUGGACUGUCUGGACCAGGAGCGGGAAGAGCUGCGGGGCAAUCUGGAUGAGGCUGAGGUCCAGCGGUCUGAGUUGGAGGAGCAGCUGCAGAGCCUCCAGAGCGAAAGGGAACAGGGACAGUGCCAGCUGCAGGCCCAGCAGGAAGUGCUGCAGAGCCUGCAGCAGGAGAAACAGGACCUGGAACAGGUAAUUACAGACCUGCAGCUGACCAUCUCAGAGCUGCAGCGGCAGCUGGAGGAGCUGAAGGAGCGGGAGCGACUGCUGGUGGCCUUCCCAGACCUGCACCAGCCAGUGGAGGCCCAGAUCCAAAGCUCUAGCAAUGUCACCCAUGACAUGGAGAGGCAAGUGCAAGCCAAUGACAUCCGUAUCCAGGUCCUACAGGAGGAGAACAAGCGGCUCCAGUCAAUGCUGACCAAAAUCCGGGAGGUGGCCCAGCAGGGAGGCCUCAAGAUGGUCUCGCAGGGCCAGCUCUGGUCCUCUCCCUACAAGGGCAUCCAGGGAACAACAUCCCCAGCCCAGGCCCAGAGUGCAUUGUCAGGACCCACAGGCAGACGGCAGUCUCCUGGCAGCAAGACCAGCGGUUCAGGCAGGACCCAUCCAGGCGGGCCCCGAACAUCCCCCUCUCGGCAGUCUGGCAGCUUGCCCAGCAAGUCCUCUUUGGGGGAUGGAGCCCAUUCAGCCACCUGCACCCAGAACCCCAUAAGGGCCUUGGCCAGGCUGAGGAGAAAGCUUUCACCGAACAGAGGUCAGGCUGGUUCUCCAUACCAGCCCCAGGAGCGGCCCAUGUAACCCGCAGCAGGGGUAGGGCUGGAGGGUAGGUGGCUAGCAACCCCCCAUGGAAUAAAAGCCCCAGCCAUCUGCCCGCAGCUAUCUUGGCCUCAGCGUGGCUGAGCUGGGGGAACAGACCUUCCCUUCUUGUUGGGUAAGGGCCUCUGUGAUCCCACCAUGCAGGUCGCUGGCCAACAGAAGCCUGGCACUGAGUUGGGAGCUUCCUGUUUGCUCCAGAUGGGCCUGUGGGAGGACCACACUGAGGGGUAGCACCUGAGCAGAGUGAAGCACAGCCUUCCCAUAGAAAGGGCUGAGGGGACUGGGCUUCCUGACGGGCACUCAGGUUAGGACUUGGGGUGUGAGCACACGUCUGAAAUAAGAGCCAGAGGCCAGGGGCUUGCUGCUCGCCCUCGGGUUCAGCAAGGCAGGCAGAGAACAGUGUUGUUUUUGCCUUUGCCUUCCACCCGGGCUCUGCAUCUCACGCAGACCAAAGGGCAUCAGGCAGCUCACCAAAGAGCUUGCUCCUCUAGGAACUGCUGCGAGGUCCCUCUCAAGCCCUACAGGUCAGAGCCCCACCAAACCAUGGGAGGAAAGUCCAGGACUUUGGAUACCUUAGCCAUCCAUGGUUUGAUGAAAAUUAGACUUUGGGGCUCACCUAGUUCAGGAUGACACAAGAUCAAACAAGGAUGCUACCGCCACACCAUGUACAUGUGGUCACUUUUCUAAGGAAGCCACUAGCCUGUGUUGAGUCACAUUUGUGAUGGACAGGCUCUAAGUUUUACUGAGAUUUCCUCAGGGCACACUAACCAGUGUGGGUGGCAUUAUUUGUUGUGUAGUAGGGUUGAGUGCCUAAGUUUACAGUGAAGGAUCAGUGGUCAGGUCUCCCAACUUGCUUCUUUUUUUGGGAGUGGUGUAUUUCAAGACAGCACUUCUCUGUGUAGCCCUGGCUGUCCUAGAACUCUGUAGACCAGGCUGGCCUUGAACUCACAGAGAUCCACCUGCCUAUGCCUCUCAAGUGCUGGGAUUAAAGGUGUGUGCCACCACCGCUGGCCCAACUCUGUUUCUUGACAGCCCAGGGGGUCUGGGGCAGACUGAAUACUCUGAGUCACUCUACCAGGGAGAGCCUGCUUUGGGCAUAGCUCCGAGAGAGGCCUUGUGACUGCUGAAUAUUCCAGGCCUCUGCUGACCCAACAUCCUCUUAUUAGCUCUCACUUGUGCCAGUUAGUAGGCCAGACCCUUCUCC